UAUCUAUUAAGCCAACAAUCUGAAUUUCAUCUCUCAGAUUUUCUCUCAGUGACAUAGAGUGGCGCUUUGAAAGCAUUGAAAUGAUUGUUUAAAUCUUAAAAUUGCAUAUCUUAAAUUAUUUAUAAAAGUAUAUAUAUGAUUCUCUUGUUUCCAUCUACGUUAAAAUCGUUAUUGAACAAUUUCGCUCAUUUAUAACACUCCAGAUGUAUAUAACUGUCUGUAAAACGCAUUACAAGAUCUUUUUUAUGUAAUAUAUCCAACAUUGAAUUGAAAUAUUGUUGUACGUACAAUAGGAUUUAUAAUCUUCUUCUAAUCUUCAUUAUAAUUUCAUUACAGUGAAAUGUUUAUUGAUGAUGCAGAAAAACUCCUAUAUCUUUGUUUGACUAAUAUCCUGUUAUUUUACAAUAUUACUUACACAGAAAAAUUGGACAAUUUGUCUACAAUUGAUUCUAAACGGGGAUGGACGUUUUAUAUACGGGAAGGAAUCGAUUCCAAUGCAGCCUUGGCAAAUUGUCGACGUAGAAGGUUGCCUCUACUAUGCCUUCCUUCCGACGAAUCAAACGCCAAAGCUCGCCGAACGGGAGAGAACUGUCGCAAAAUCGGCGGACGACAGUCCGAGGAACAGCGAGGGGGAGGAGACUUUCGUGAUCCCGGCCGAGGACGAAACAGGUGACAGCGAUCUGUGCCCAAUUAAAAUAAAGAAAGAGGACAUUGACGACGUGUCAUCGUCGAACGAGGAUAAUUACGACGACGCCAAAGGAUACGCCUGCGAGGAAUGCAACAUCUGUUUCCCGGUGAUGCAGAUGUUGAAACGGCACAGGAACGCGGUCCACGAGCAGGCCCAGCGAUACAAAUGCAAGGUCUGUUUCAAGAUAUGCCGUAGCCUGGUCGCGUUCAAGAUGCACGUGGCCCUGGAGCAUAAAACGGAGGAGGAAGAGGUGAAAGAUUCCGAGAGUCUGACUUACGCCUGCAACUAUUGCAACUACGAGAGCACGAACAAGUCCACCCUCCAUUCGCACAUCAGUAGAAAACACUCGACGAAACGUAUUGGGAGGAGGAAAAGUAGUUACAGGUACACGAGCGAGCCGGAAGAGUACUCGUGUGACGUGUGCGAGUUCAAAUGUCAGAAUCGGCGCAGAUUGAAGGAACACUUGGAACGGAAACACGCGUCAGAGUACAAGUACGACUGCGAGUAUUGCGGGAAGAAGUUCAAGGUGAAGGGGGACAUGAGGCUUCACGUGCGUUUCAAGCACAAGGAGGGGCCUAUCGUGUGCGACGUUUGCGGGAAGACGUGCUCGAACAGCAAUUCCCUGUACGUGCAUCAAAAGUGGGCCCAUUUCAAGCCAAAGUACGAGUGCGAGAUAUGCAAGAGGCGCAUGGUGACCCAGGAGAACCUCGAUCAACACAUCUUAUUGCAGCACGAGAGACGGGAGAGCUUCGUAUGCGAGGAGUGUGGAAAAUCGUUCACUGAGAAUCACAGAUUGAAACAGCAUAUGAUGACUCAUACCGGGGACAGACCUUACGAUUGCCACAUAUGCGGCAAAGCUUUCGCGCGUAGAACGGCUUACAGGCAACACUUGCUUAUACACACGGGCAAACGGCCGUAUAUCUGUGAUAUCUGCGGUAAGACGUUCACGCAGAAGCCUGGCCUGAUUUGUCACCGGAAGUCGCACCCAGGAGUCCAUCCUCCCCUACCUGUGGUGCACAUAGAGCACAUCCUUAGCGAUUUCAUGAAGAAAGAAUGAUGUUGCGGCGGGACUGAAUCGCGUAUGUCGUGUACAUUUGACGCCGGUGGUGUGAUGACACGUGACGUGAGGAAGAUGAGAGGUGUUCUUCUUCCCAUGCGGAGGAAUCCUUUCGUGUUCUUUUCAUCCAAGAUUUUAUAUUAGCUAAUUUAAUUGAUGAAUUUCGAACUGUUAAAUCGAUUGUCGAGUUAAUUAAUUAAUAGUAGGUAGAAGAAGAGAAUCGGUCUUCCUCGAUUAAUUGUUAACGCGUUCUAAUCACACUGCGUUAAAUUUUCCGUUGAUGGAAAUGGAAAAUUGCGAGGAGCGUAAAUCAUUGUUCGCGCAAUCAUUACGCUACACAAUUUUAAAUAUUUAAUUUUUUUUAACUGAUUUGAACCAACAUUCAAGUUUGAGGUUUUUUCAAGCGAUCGAUAUUGCCCAUGUUUUUAUUCAAUUUCGUACGCAUAUUCGAAUAUAGGAAUAAAAAGUAAUUUUGUACGAUUUCGUUUGUGUAAGAUCG